CGCGGCGUGGGCGGCGGCGAAGGCGUCCGCGGCUUCCUGGAGGGCCCAGGAGACAGCGCGGCCGCCAUUUUGUCUAGGGCUUAUAGCUGCGGCUCGGGAAGGGGAGGCGGAGGCUGCGCUGUGUCGCUCGUCCGGAGGACCCUUGGGUUGCACCGAGAUGCGGCAUUCAAAACGAACUCACUGUCCUGAUUGGGAUGGUAGAGAAAGCUGGGGUCAUGAAAGCUACAGUAGCAGUCACAAACGCAAGAAGAGAUCCCACAGUAGUACACAAGAGAACAGGCACUGUAAACCACAUCUACAGUUUAAAGAAGCAGAUUGUCAUUAUUUGGAAGUAAGAUCCUUAAAUGAGAGAGAUUAUCGUGAGCGGAGAUAUGUUGAUGAAUACAGAAAUGACUACUGUGAAGGAUAUGAUCAUAGACAUUAUAGAGACUAUGAAAGCAGUUAUCACAACCACUGCAGUAAAUCUUCAGGCCGAAGCAGGAGAAGUAGUCCAAAAAGGAAGCGUAAUAGACAUUGUUCAAGCCAUCAAUCACAUUCGAAGAGUCACCGAAGGAAAAGAUCCAGGAGUAUAGAGGAUGAUGAGGAGGGUCACCUGAUCUGUCAAAGUGGAGACGUACUAAGAGCAAGAUAUGAAAUUGUUGCUACUUUGGGUGAAGGAGCUUUUGGCAAAGUAGUAGAGUGCAUUGAUCGUGACAUGGAUGAUACACAUGUUGCAGUGAAAAUUGUAAAAAAUGUUGGUAGAUACCGGGAAGCUGCUCGUUCAGAAAUCCAAGUAUUGGAGCAUUUAAACAGUACUGAUCCCAAUAGUGUGUUCCGAUGUGUCCAAAUGCUAGAAUGGUUUGAUCAUCAUGGUCAUGUUUGCAUUGUGUUUGAACUGCUGGGACUCAGUACUUAUGAUUUUAUUAAAGAAAAUAGUUUUUUGCCAUUUCAGCUUGACCAUAUCAGGCAGAUGGCAUAUCAGAUCUGCCAGUCCAUAAAUUUUUUGCAUCAUAAUAAGUUAACCCAUACAGAUCUGAAACCUGAAAAUAUUUUGUUUGUUAAGUCUGACUAUGUAGUCAAGUACAACUCUAAAAUGAAACGUGAUGAACGUACACUGAAAAAUACAGAUAUCAAAGUUGUUGACUUUGGAAGUGCGACAUACGAUGAUGAACAUCAUAGCACUUUAGUAUCUACACGACACUACAGAGCUCCAGAAGUCAUUUUAGCACUGGGAUGGUCUCAGCCGUGUGAUGUUUGGAGCAUUGGCUGCAUUCUUAUUGAAUAUUAUCUUGGUUUCACAGUAUUUCAAACACAUGAUAGUAAAGAACACUUAGCAAUGAUGGAACGGAUAUUAGGACCUAUACCAACACACAUGAUCCAGAAAACAAGAAAACGCAAGUAUUUUCACCACAAUCAGUUGGAUUGGGAUGAGCAUAGUUCUGCUGGUAGAUAUGUUAGGAGACGUUGCAAACCAUUAAAGGAAUUCAUGCUUUGUCAUGAUGCAGAACAUGAAAAUCUAUUUGACCUGGUUCGAAGGAUGUUAGAGUAUGAUCCAGCUAAAAGAAUUACCUUGGAUGAAGCAUUACAACAUCCUUUCUUUGAUUUAUUAAAAAAGAAAUGAAAUGUACAAUCGGUGGUCUUACUAUAUAACUUCUCUAGAGGAGAUUACAUAAGACUGUGUCAGUCAACUAAACAUUCUAAUAUUUUUGUAAACAUUAAAUUAUUUUGUACAGUUAAGUAUGUAAAUACUGUAUGUUUUGUAUCAAUGCCAUAUAAGCAAGUAUGGUCUUGAUAAUGAAUGUUAAUGUAAAAAAUUAAAGUUAAUUUUCAUUUUUUAAAAAAUUAGUUACAUUUUUAGAGGUCUUUGGCAUGGUAACGUUUGUCCAGUGUAAAUGUUUGAUCUAGUUUUCUUUGUAAAUGGAGGGUGACUCUUUGAGGUGAUCUUUCUGAGCAAAGGGUGACCUUGACUACUUUAUUUUUAAAAUGAAUAUUCUUUACCAAAAAUUUGGAAUGUGAACUUUUUUUUAAGCCUUUAAAACUUCCUAUAAUUGUUAAGCAGAUAAGUAUUGCUUUGAUGUAGCUAAGCAGAUUUUUGCAAUCUAAUAUGCCAAUGGUUUCUGAUUCUUAGGGAAUAUUUUCCUUUGUAUCAAUAGGACAUGUUUACAGUUGACAUUUUAUUAAAUUGUAAUUUUUGUAUCUAGUGAAAGAUAACAUUGGCCAUGGUGAAAUUCUGCAGGCAGUAGAAAAGGCUUCCAGUUUGUUCAGUAUUCAUUUUAAGGGGAAUAUGUAAAUAUAUGCCCUAUCUGUAUAAUGUGGUAAUUUAUUAAUUACCUCCUUAUUAGGGUGCAUAAGUGGAGGUGAAAGAAAAUGCAGGUAAUUUUAGCACUUUUUAGUUGGGCUUCCAGAAGAAAUUUUAAUGAUUAAAACAUUGAAACAGACUUGUGCCAACAGGGAAAGAAUUUCCAUUAGAAAUUAUCGUAUGUAAGGUAUAAUGCACAGGGAUGGGGACUCUGGUACCCAAUUAAGGAAGUUUAGUCUUGAUUCCUUUGUAGUCUUGAUAUUUUCACUUCUGUCUAUCUUCAUGUGUAUAAAAUGAAAGACCACAAAUACCUCAGGAGUUUAUUGUUGACCCACAGUAUUAUUAAGCAGCUAAUAUUAAUAAGGUAUACUAAAAAUUUCUGAUAAUUAAAAGGCCUAAUUAGAAAACUUGUUUAACAAGAUACUAAAGCACCCCAGUAAAAAUCAGAGCUUAAAGGAUUGGUAGAUACUCUUGUUAAAGAUAUAACUUCAAUAUGUUUAAGAGCCACUAAAAUCUUAAUCAAUUGAAUAUCCUUCGUUGAUCAGAUCUAUUCUAUUAAAAUUAUUCCAUCUACCAGAUAGGAAUUUAUUUUAGCAUAGCAUUCAUAAAAAAUUUCAUAAUCGGUUGCCCUUUUGGAAAUGAGGCUUUUUUUGUUUUGUUUUGCUCAGAUGCUUUGCUAAAUUAUGGAAGUUAUAUAUUGACGUUAAAACUGAAUUUUUUUUUCAUACCUGCUUAUAUAUUUCCAAUAAACUUUAGGUGUAUGCUAUGUGAAGUUUUUUAGAACUGUAAGAAAUAGUAAUAGCUGGAUAAUUUUAUUUUCCAAUAUUGCAACUCUUGUAUAUUUAUUAAAAUCUAACCACUUUUAAAAAAAAAAGUAAAGCAGCUUACUGCUUCUAUAAACUGCACCAAACUGCCAAACAGAAUUUGGCUGUUCUAUAAAAAUGUUUCUUACAAAAAAAAUUUAAUUAUCAAUCAAGGCUUUUUCCUUUUUUCUGCCUAUCUCAGUUUUUGAAACUAAGUGAUUAGUUUUUACUCUCCUUUAACAGUCCUAGGAAAAAGUUAUUAGUGUGUGUUUGGGGAGGUGGGAAAUAAAAAUAUUGGCUAGAAUAAGCAGGUUGUUUUUAUCUGGAUUUCAUCCUUAUUCCUAAAGUAGGAAUUCUGUGAAAUAUAGACUUUAACACCUAUCCACAAACUAGAAUUCAUUAAAUUUAUUAAAAUUGCAGAAUUUCUUCAUAGGAGAAUAUAUUAGCUGCUUUUUUGUUUCAAGAUGCAAAUUGAGACACAAAUCAAACAAGUUAUAAUUAUCUUCUGGAAGCAUACCAAAGUUAGUGAAAAAUUAAAUUUCUCCAAAGUUAUUGAAGAAACUGUCAAAUAUAAAACUGGAGUUGAAACACCUAUCCCUACAAUUGGAAUAGCUAAUUGAAAAUUGACUGCAUUGGUGGCAGCUAGGUGGUGCAGUAGAUAAAGUACCAGCCCUGGAUUCAGGAGGAACUGGGUUCAAAUUUGGCCUCAAAACACUUGACACUAACUAGCUGUGUGAC